AUGAUGAACAAUCGGAACCGAAGCCGAGAUGUUUCAUCAGAAGAUCAAAGUGGUUCAUCAAAUAAAUCAAUAUCAUCAUCAUCAUAUAAAAAACGUCAUCAACUAUCAACAUUAUUUAAUAAAACAGCUGAUGUUGAUGAUCCACCAUUUAGUAGACUUUUUUUAUUAAUACCAAAAGCUAUGUCUGAAGAUGAAUUACGAAAUGCAUUUCAAAUUCAUGGUCAUAUUCAAGAUAUUUAUAUGGUACGAGAUCGACGUAGUCAAGAAAGCAAAGGUAUUGCAUAUAUUAAAUAUGAAAAAGCUUCAGCAGCAGCUCGUGCUAUGGAAGAAAUGAAUGGAACAGUUAUUGCACCACAUACUCGUCCAUUAAAAGCUAUUAUAUCAAGUACACGUCGUGAAGGUAGUGUACGUGAUCCAGAUGAACAUGAAAAAAUGUUACGUUUAUUUGUUGUUAUACCAAAACAUAUGACAAAAGAUGAUUUACGUAAAGUUUUUCAAAAAUAUGGUUCAAUAAUUAAUAUAAAAGUUAUUCGAGAUAAAUUAACAGGUGAAAAUAAAGGUUUUGCUUAUAUAUCAUUUUCAAAAGCAUCUGAAGCAGCUUAUGCUCUUGAAGAAUGUGAUCAAAGUUAUAAACCAAAAUUUGCUGAACCAUUUUCAUCAAAACGUCAUCAUGAUAAUGAAGAUACAUUACCAUCAUCAGCUUCAAUUUAUGGAACUAUUUCACCUCCGUAUCGUCAAAAAAUCUCAUCUAGUAAACAACAUUUAUCACCAUCAUCAAUUUCAAAUGAUCAUCGACCAUCACCACCUCCUUUACUUCCAUUACCAACAACACGUUCAUUAUCAAAUAUUGAAUCAAAUCAACCACUAACACUUUCACCAGUGAGUAAUAGUUAUCAUUUACUAGAGAUUAAUAAUGAACGUCGUUUAAUUGUACGUUGUGGAAUGACAAUAACUAAAUAUCAUAUAUCAAAAUUAUUUGAUCUUAUACCAAAUAUGGAAGAAUGCUCACCACUUAAUAUAAACACAUUUAAUGAACAUUAUUUUAUUGUAUGUUAUAAGUCUUGUCAAUUUGCAACAUAUGCACGUGAAAAGCUGCAUGCAUUUCAAUUUCCUGAUGGUGAAAUUUUAUCAGUACAAUAUUAUGAUGACAAAAUUGUUAAUGAUCUAAUAAAUCAAUCACAAAAUGGAAAAUAUGGAGAUACAUCAGGAAUUGGUCAAUUAAUUCAUCAAAUGAGUAAUUUACAAGGAAGUCAAGAAGAAUAUGUAGAUUACUGUAAUGUUCCACUACCACCGAAACAAAAAUAUGCUUCAUUUGAUGCGCCAGUUGCCAAAACUUUACACAUUAUGCCUCAACGUCCUAUAUCAGAAGAUUUUAUUCGUGAUAUAUUUAAUCGAUUUGGAAAUUUAAUAGAUAUUCGUACAAUAAAUUCACAAUUAUGUUAUGUUAUGUACAGUGAUGAACGUAGUGCUGAUACUGCUAUGGAAACAAUGAAUGGACAAGAAAUUGCACUAGUUCGUAUACGUAUUACUGAAAGUGAUAAGUCUGUUGAUUCAACAACAGCUUCCGUUGUACAUCGCAAACGUCAAAAAAUGGAAGAAGCUUUUCGUAUUAAUCAAAGAAAAAGUCGAAAAGCAAGAAAUGAUGUAGCUGUUCAAGGUACCAAUGACUCGAGUAUUUUAUCUAAAGUAUCGAUGGUUAAACUUGGAUAUUUUAAUGAUUUAUUUCUUCGAGAAUUUGUUGAUAAAGAUGUGAGACGUUCCCCAUCAAUAAAUCGGGGUUAUUAUAUUAGAAUGAAAGCAUUAGAAUAUGCGUUAAAUAUGUUUUAUACUGUUUAUGAUCAGAAAGAAGUACAGAUUGUUAAUUUAGGUGCUGGAUUUGAUGCAACUUGGUUUCGAUUAGAUGAAGAACGAAAACAGCGAACACAUUUUAUUGACAUUGAUUUUCCUGAAGUCAUCCAACGUAAAUUAGCACUGAUAGAAGUUCGUUCUCGUUUGAAUGAACAAUUUGAACCAAUUCAUACAUAUAGUUCAUUAGAAAACUUUGCUGUAACAAAUGAAAAAUAUUCAUUAAUCGGUGUUGAUAUGCGAGAUUCUUUAACUUUAAAUACACUUUUACAAACAGUUAAAGUUGAUGAAACAAAACCAACUUUAUUAAUAAGUGAAGUUGUUUUAACAUAUAUGGGUCGAUCAAGUUGUAAUCGUGUUAUACAAUGGAUACUUGAUUUUUUUCAAGAAUGUAUUUUAUGUACUUAUGAACAAGUAUUACCAGAUGAUGGUUUUGGUCAAGUUAUGGUUGCACAUUUUGCUAAAUUAGGUUCACCAUUGAAAUGUAUUCAUCAAUAUCCAACAAGUGAAUCUCAAGUUCAACGUUAUACUCAUUUAGGUUUUGAUUUUUCACUUUGUGUGAAUAUGCAUAAUUUUGAUCGAAAUUAUUUAUCAACUGAUGAACAUAAUCGUAUUGAUACAUUAGAACCGUUUGAUGAAAUUGAAGAAUGGCAAUCAAAAUGUGCUCAUUAUAUACUUUUAUUUGGUUUAAAAACACCAUCAAAUAUAGCAAAACAAUGGUUUGAACAAAUGAAUAAAGAUUUUAAAUCAAUUAUUUAUUCAAAAAAAGAAAAUCUAAAUAAUAAUAAUAAUUUGAAUGAUGAACAAAUUAAUGUUAAUAUUCAAUUCGAAAGUUAUCCAACAACUAUGACAUAUGCACAACGUUUUGGACAUCAAUCAAUAUUAAUUAAUGAAAAAUAUGUUUGGACUAUUGGAGGUUUUGGUACUGUAGAUGGCAGACAUAGAAGAUUAAAAACAAUUGAAGUAUUAAAUAUUGAUAAUGGAGAUAUUCAAAGAUUAGAUAACCAUUUACUUGGUGAAUAUGUUUUUCAUACAUGUCAUGGAUCAGAUAAUUUAAUAUUAUCAUUUUUUGGUCGUAAAAGUCCGGGAACAUUAAAUUCAUGUGCUUCAAUUGAUAUAAACACUCUUCAAGUUAUAAAUUUCAAUGAAGAUGAAAAAAUACUUCGACGCUGGCGUCAUUGUUCGUGUUAUAUAAAAGAAACAGAUAAAAUCAUUAUAUUUGGUGGUUAUAUAAAUAUGUCAAAAUCAACAAAUGAUACACUUUGUUUACAAUCAAAUGGUCAAAUCCUACCAUCUCAAUUUUCACAAACAAAACCAACAAAUCGACAUUCAGCUCGUUUGAAUGCUUAUAAACAUUUAGCAGUUCUUUCUGGUGGUCUAUUAGAAUAUGAUGAACCAACGAAUGAAAUUUGGUUAUUAGACACAUCUAAAGAUGUUAUGAUUUGGACAUUAUUUCAAACAAAUGGAGCAGUUAUACCAAGAUAUUCACAUAGUGCAGACAUUAUUGAUGAUACACUUUGGUUAUUAGGUGGAAUGAAUGCUAAUGAACGUAGACCACCAGGUUUAUGUAAAAUUAAUUUGAUUACUGGUGAAGCUAUUGAAUAUAUAAUACCGACAAUGUGUGGUGAACAACCAAUUAUACUUUAUAAUCAUCAAACAGUAAUUUUGAAUAAAACAACAUUUCUUAUAUUAGGAGGCGGAGGAAAUUGUUUUUCUUUUGGUGCCCAUAUCAAUCAGCCGAUGAUUCUUAAAUUUAAUCAUUUAGUGAACUGA